UUGAGGUAGUUUGAAAGUGUCAGAAGGUGAACAAGUUUUUGGCUUGUUACUCGUGUGGUAAUUUGUGUUUGUAUGUAAAGGAAAAUUUAAACUGCGUUCCAUUGAUUGUAUUUUUUCCACAGUGAGGAUAUACGCUAAAGAAUACAAUAGGACUCCAAUGCUCUCUGUGUGAUGAGGAAAAUGGGGAACUCGACAGCUUUCACUAUUGCAUUAUCUGUCUUCGUACUUCUAAAUGUUGCGACAAAAACAUACAGCAGGACACGGUCGAAAGAGGGACCUGUUGACACUAGGAACGGAGGAAAAUUGACAGAAGAGGAAGAUAAGAUACGUUUUUUCAACCCAGUAGAUAUACCAAGUCCAUUUCGUUUGUAUGAUUUGAAUAAAGACGGUGUUGUUACACUGGCAGAAUUAGCGAAGGCGACAGAUACCACGCUCGAGGAUGCAAGAGGUCCUUUCCGAAGUGCGGACUCCAAUAGUGAUAAGAAACUAAGCUAUAAGGAGUUUUUGAGGGCACCGUGGAUAUUCCGUGCGGAGGAUGUGAUUGAUGAAGAAUCUUGGUCGUUCGUUGAAACUGGACUUAAAUAAGUAGGUCUAGAUGACUUGCGUGGCAUCAAACGACCAAUCUGGAAUGAAAUAAUAUGACUUAACACACAACACAUAAUAUUAUACGUAAAAUG